AUGUCAUCAGAUACUACAUGCCAAGGUAAGAGUUUAUGGCCAGAGCUUUUAGGAGCAGAGGGGAAGGUCGCUGCUGCGACGAUUGAGAGAGAAAACCCUCGUGUUGAAGCAAUAAUUGUGCCAGAAGGAUCAAUGGUCAUUCUGGACUUUCGCUGUGAUAGGGUUUGGGUUUGGGUUGAUGAAAAAGGCAUUGUUUUUCAAGUCCCUGGAAUUGGUUAA